UCGAGAUCUCAAUUUAUUCAAGUCAAGCUGACUUCCUUUUUCAAGCGUACAGCGCAGUAAAAUUGUAUAACGUAUAUAUCGAGUAUCACGUUUCAACAGGUCGUGAUUAUCGAUCAUGAGAAUGUGACCCUGUGGACUUUCGUCUUUCCGUCGACGUGUUUGUACAAAGGAAUCUCGUACACCACAUACAAGGCGCUUUACGCCAUGCAAAUGGUACAGGCGUUUCUACUGUUCAUAGCGGAGUGCGCGAGCGAUAGUUUUUUCUUUAGCAUCACCAUGCACCUCUGCGGUCAGCUAGAGCUGUUGAGGAUUCGCUUCGCUGAGAUCGCGGGAAAAAUCGACGAGAAGAACCGUUGUGGGAAUUCAUUCGGGCCGUGGAUCAAACGGCAUUGUCAAUUGAUAACUCUGGCUAAAAAUAUCGAGGACUCCUUCAAUAUCAAUAUCCUGCUCCGUUUGGGGAUAACCACGAUUGUCAUUGCGGUCUCAGGAAUGCGUAUUAUGAUGUCCCUCAAGCAUCAGGACUACACGGACGUGCUAAAAAGCAUGAUGUUUAUUCAAUACUUCAUUGUGCAGUCCUUCCUGUUCACGCACGCCGGCGAUACCCUGCAGAGCCAAAGUGAAUCGAUCGUUACAGCGAUAUACAGCACAACGUGGCACGAAUUACCGCCCACGACGAUGAAGGACCUGGCGCUCAUUAUGAUGAGAACGAGGAUCCCUCUCCGACUGAGCGCUGGAAAAUUUUUUUACAUCACGAGAAGCACCAUCACGGAUAUCCUGACUACAGCCUUGACGUACAUAUCAUUUUUACAGGCGAUGGAAGAGUAAACGCGAACCGUCACGUAUGACUGCGACUUGUGUGUACAAAGAAGAGACUGAGGCGGAAUACAAUUAUAUUUUAGUAUCUUGAGAAAUCCAGUAUUUUUUACCGUAUCUUUGAACAUAAGUACGUUCUUUCAUCCAACCAAAUUUGUCUAAUUAGAGAAAUUAUCAG